UUUUCGAUUCUGUGUUGCGGGAGCAGAAAUUUCCUUGAAAAUUAUAAAAAGUAUACAAAUUAUACUGCAAGCAACUAAAAUGUGUUCCAACGGCAAAGUGACCAACGACGCCUUGGACUUGUACCCCUCUGAGAGCGAGUUUGGCCUGGAACUGAAGGCAGUGCCAAAGCAGACUUGCAUACCACACAAACAUCAGAACUUUGGCAAGUCCGAGAGCAGCAUCCCGAAAAGACGCUCCGCCAUCGACACUCAGCUCCGUAAUGCCGUCAUGUCUCAGUUGUCUUUGCACAUACAGAAACGUCGUGAGGAAUAGGCUUAUGAAAGGGAAGUAUCUGCUUUUAUGAUGUCCCAAAAUGGAAAUGAAAGUACAAGAGGGGCUCUGGCAGUGUGGUAAAUGUUUCGUGUGUGCAGUUGCUACCAAUCAAAGCCUCGCUUAAAGCCAAAUAAAAUGUAGCUGUGAAAUGACAAA